AUCAAAUUAGAAAAUUGAAAUUGAAAUUGAAAAAAAAACGCUCCAUUUUUCCGCCAGAGGGAAGAGAGAAGGAUGGAGGAGUUGAGUCCAAUGCCACCGUGUCCCUCCACCGUAACAGUACGACGGAACCCUCCUCGAAAAGCCAGAGCCACUCCGUACACCACCACCGCCGCAGCUAAACCACCUCCCUCCGAGAACACUCACGACGUUCCUUCGUUUCCGAUCGACGAGAUUCUCUCCAUCCACAUCCCUCAACCCGAACCACCGCCCAAGUCUUCCGUUUCAGAGAGCUUGAAGAUCUUCCUGAGAAUCAAACCCUUGAGGAUCUCGAACAAGGUGACGGCGGCGGCGGUAAAGAGCAGACCUAGAAACGUGUGGCCUCAAAACCCUACGAAGAAGCACAACAACAACAUGGCGAAAGAGAGUAGUAGGAGUAAGAAGAGGGAAGAAGCUUGUAUCACUCUCAACGAUUCUUACUCGGUCACGCUGACUCCUCCUCAAGCGUUGCAAGAGCUUAAACGAAGCAAGACUGAGGUCUUUGAAGGCUUUUCUCAUGUUUUCCCUCCCAACUGUUCACAGAGCGAUGUGUAUGGUAAGAUGGUUCAACCUUUGUUGGAGGAUUUCAUUAAUGGGAAGAGUGGAAUGUUGGCUGCCUUGGGUCCUAGCGGCUCUGGCAAGACUCACACUGUCUUUGGAACUCCCAAGGAUCCUGGUCUUGUUCCCCUUACUCUCCGUCAACUUUUCAACAAGACUUCUCCUGUGUCUUUCAGGUCAUUUUACUUGUCGAUAUUUGAGAUAUGCUCUGAGCGAGGGAAAGGGGAGAAAGCUUAUGAUUUACUUGGAGAUGGAAGCUCCGAAUUGUCUGUGCAGCAAUCAACCAUCAGGGGUUUGAAAGAGGUCCCGAUCCAUAAUUUGGAGGAAGCAGAGUCCUUGAUUGGACAGGCGAUGCUGAAACGUGCUACAGCUACAACAAAUUCAAAUAGCCAAUCAAGUCGCUCACAAUGCAUCAUUAACAUAAGAGCAGCAUUCGAUGGCGUUUCUAACGAAACAAAAAUGCAGUCCAGUGAUGCUAUGCUUACUAUAGUCGACUUGGCGGGAGCAGAAAGGGAGAAAAGAACUGGCAAUCAGGGUGAGAGGUUGGUUGAGAGUAAUUUCAUCAACAAUACAUCCAUGGUUUUUGGUCAAUGUUUGCGGUCGCUGUUGGAGUACCAGAAGAACCGAAAGAAGGGACUGCAGAAACAUCAUCAAAAUUCUCUGUUAACGAGGUACUUGCGAGAUUAUCUAGAAGGAAAAAAGAGGAUGGCUUUGAUUAUAACAGUCAAAGCCGGAGAAGAAGACUAUCUUGAUACCUCUUAUCUUCUGAAACAAGCAUCUCCGUACAUGAAAAUCAAAUUUGAUAACACUGAGGAAGUUUGCAACAAGAGGCAGCUCAAAACAUUUCCAAGAGUUGAGAAAAACAAGAAAAUGAAACUCAGUGCUCCCAAGACUUCCCAAAUUGCAGAGAUUGUUGCUGGAGAAAAAAAAGAAAUUGCUGAGAAAGUGAGUUCGGAGGGAAAGAAAGCUGAUCAAACGGAGAAACUAUCUCCAAAGCUGGAGGAUAACAACGAGAGAGAGCACAUCAUCAUGCGGAAUUUUGCUAAAGCCGUGUGGAGCGUCCUCAAGCAGUACAACGAGAAAUUAAAAGUUGCAGAAGGUGACAUUUGCAGUCUCAAGGAAAGCCUUGCAAACGAACAACUCAAGUCACAGGGGUUAGAGAAAGAGUUGAUCAGUCUCAAGUCUUCUUGCCUAUUUUCUAACUCAAACCUGGCAGAACCGUGUCUACCUGAAGUAGGUGCACUUGUCCAUGCAAAAGAAGAGCUCGAUUCUGACACAAGUUUGGCUCAUGCGAAUAGGAAUCUCGAUGAUGAUCCUUUCAACCUUAUCGAGUCCAGAAGAGAAGUAACCGCAGAAGAAUGCAAUGAGUCCCCUGUACCAAACAAAAAACUAGUUCCUGGCUUAGGAAAGGAAGAAAUCUCCUGUGACGAGCAAAAAUGUGGCAAGCAAGAUAAUCCUUGCAACCUUAUGGAUUCAAGAAAAGAAGUCACUGGCACUGCAGAAGAAUGCAAUGAGUCUCCUGUCCCAAACAAAAUUGUAGUUCCUGGCUUAGGAAGCGAAGCAAUCUGCUGUGACGAGCAAGAAUGUGGCAAGAAAGGUGAUCCAACAGCUUCACCAGAACAAGUUGAAGUUAGCCUCAUCAACGACCGGCUCUCUAACAUUCAAACAAAAUCUGCAGUAUCCCGCAGAUUUUCAGAUUCAGUGAAACAAGAAAGACUCAGAAGACUGUUGCCAGACUCAUCCAGAGUGCUAGCUGAGGAAAUGGAUGACUUGGACAUCAAGGAUAAGCAGAUUGAUAAACCACAGGUUAAAUUAGCCGAGACUCGUGAUCAAGAGAAAUCAGAAUCAACUGAGAGUCGUGAAAUUGAAAUCCCUGCCCGUGAAACAGAACCUGCAUCAACGAAAAAACAGAAGAAAGAACAGAAGAAACCAAGAAGGAGGCUCCAACCUGCUUCAUCAGUGUUAUUAACAAGAGAAAUAAACACGUUAGAGAUCGAGGAUGAUGUGGCCGAGCCAAAGGGGACAAGAGGUGGAAAGAAGAGUACAAUGGCACAACCGAGAAGCCAAGGGAGUGUCACACUCCUCCGUCUCCUCACAAACAAUCUUCAUCUCUGACAAAGAAAACUUUUUUUUUUUGCUAAGAAUGUUAAUAUCAUUAACUGGUAAUGAAAUAGAUUACAAGUGGUGAAACUUGAAAUCCAAAAAGCUUCAAGAAGCUACUUUGGUUGUACAAGCCGCAAAAAAAGAUUAAAAAAGCUUGUAGAACAUAAUAGGACUAAUCUAGUAAACUAGAUUAAUGCUAAGGCUAAUGAUGUGUCUCUUUGCACUGAUCACUUGAAGAGUUGAGAUGACUGAGCCGCCUUAAGCUGGAACCUGCAAAAGGAGUAGGCCUCAAAGAAGUCUGAUAACCAGAGUCCCCUUGGGCGGGAGGCUGCAACUGCAUUAGCCGGAAGAGGUGACCAAGCUCUGCAUCAGCCUAUACAACGCUACCAACUCCAGAAGUACCAACAACAGCAAACCUUAAGAGAUUCUUGAGCUUCACGGUGUGGACGCAGGCGGUAGGGAAACGGCAGAAACCGGCCACAGACCAAGUCGGAAGGCUCGACAAAACUCGUAAAAGGCAGCUAACAUCUUCGGACAGCCAAAAGACAAUCAAAUGAUUUAAGGGCAGUGUGAGACAUAGCUCACAAAUCAGGCGAGAGCUACUACGGAAGGUGAGAGACUCCAGACGCCACGGCGGCAUAACUACGGGACAGCCCAAGAUCCCUUACCGAUCUGCGAAGAGGAGGAGCUCACCGGAACCAAAGUGCAAAGAGACAGAUCGAGCGACAGAGAAUCCUCCACGAUGGCCCCCACACCGUGCAUCUGCCGGAAACAGAGAAGAGGAACUCACACUGACCAGAGGAAAACAAAUCGACGACAGAGGGUUUGGAGAACGGUAAGGAAGGUUCCAGGAGAGGCAGCGACGCUCUCCAUUCCCGACGAACCGUGGACCCCUAGAUCUGACCCAGAUCUAAGAAAAGACCCUUUGUUGCAAGAGAAUCCCUACUGGCUACACCCAUCGCUUCAGCUUGCUGCACCUCGCUUCUCCUCCAGCGGCUUGACAGACGCCCGCCUCGCCGUUGAUUAGUCACCGGUGAACCAGAGAGGACCAGAGGAAAAAAGCAUAUCGGAGCAGAUGGAGAGGAGAAGGAUGGUGGAGGAAGGCAAAAGAAGGGAAGAAGGAAACGCCGGGGUGGCGGAGGAGACCCGCUCAGCUAGCUUGCCGUCGAUCUCCUCCACCGGAACAGAGAUCAGAUGUUGGCGGCGCUAGGGUUUCAAGAGAUUUGGGGGAGAGACUCUAGAGAG